AUGAGCGAGCACCAACUGGAUAUUGGGCUACUAUGCAUUACGAACGUGUCACUUAUUAGUGGACCGCAGCGUCCGGAAGAAGAUCUUCAUGAAUCUGCCACGCAUGCCAUGCGGUUGCUUCUGAAUGAGUGCCAGGAACUUCCAACGACGAAAAAGCGGGGGAAGUUUGACGCGAGCACAACGCUUGUGCAGCUGCCGCAGCCUGUUAUGCUGCUACCGCGCGAGAAGGCCCCACCGAGGCCAAAGCCUCUCACUGCGUGGGAGAAGUUCGCCCUGAAGAAGGGGAUCGCCCUGAAACGCAAGAAGAGUAACCGUGUCUUUGACGAGGAAAAAAAGGUGUGGAAGGAUAAGUGGGGGAAGCGCGCCCGUGAGGAACGCGAGAAACAUGACUGGCUGAGGGAGGUGGGCCCCAACUACGUCCCACAAGAAGAAGGCGGCGAUCCAUUCUUGGAUGACCGCAGAGCAAAGAAAGUCCGACUGGAAAAGCAGAAGAAGAAGGAAGAACAUAAUAAACGUCGCUCAGAGCACAUUGCACGGGCACAGGAGGAGGUAAAGCAUCUCAGCGCCGUAUCAAAACAUCUAACUACGGCGUCCAAUGGCAAGUAUGACAAAAUCUUGUCGAGGAAGAAGGGAAAGAAGUGA